AUGCCAGCCUACAAAGAAAUGCUGGGGUUUGCAGCACUUUUUGCCUUCCUCGGACUGACCCAAUGUCAAAAGUUGCCAAGUUUUGAUCUGCUGAAGGAGUUUCAUGUGACUGAGUCGAAAGGAGUGAGGAGAGUGGACGGUUCUCAACCUGAGGCGGUGGCCUACCGCGUCAACCCCUCUAUCCAUCUCCGGAGGACCAUGAGCGAUGUGUAUCCAGAUGGACUUCCCUCCGACUACUCCGUCAUCGCAACAUUUAAGGUGACCAAGGACGCUGCCAAGAAAUCCUGGGACCUGUGGCAGGUCAGUGACCCCAAGGGUCGGGAGCAGGUCGGCCUGCGUUUUCAGGGUGAAACGCGCUCUUUAGACUUCUUCUACACCAGCCCCCGUGGGAGCCAAAUGCUGCGGACCUUCCAUGGCGUGGAACAGUUAUUUGACGGAGAGUGGCACAAGUUGGCGCUGAGCGUGAAGGGCAGCCGGGUGAAGCUGCUGAUAGAUUGUGUAGAGGUCAGUGCGGAGUCCAUUGAUGGGCCGAGGCCGGUCAUCCAUCGGGGGUACACCUCCAUCGUCAAGCGGGCUGCAGGAGAUCGCUCUGUGUCUGUCGACCUCCAGCAGAUGGAGGUGUCAUGUGACCCAGAGCAGGCUUAUUCAGAGGGCUGCUGUGAGCUUUCCAGUGUGUGUGGAGGGUACGCAGAGAUCGGCCUAACAGCUGGACGAGCGUCUUGCAAAUGCAUGCACGGACAACCCGGCAUUCAAGGACCUCCAGGAACAAAGGGUCACAUAGGUCUUCCAGGAAAAGCCGGAGACCAAGGAAGACAAGGAAACUGGGGUAUCCGGGGAAACACAGGAGACUAUGGCAACAUUGGCGAGUCCGGCCAAAAGGGUGAAGAAGGAAUCCAAGGCGAGAAAGGACUGAGAGGACUCUGGGGCCAAGUGGGAGACCGAGGUCCUGAAGGGCUGAAAGGAUUAAGAGGGGCAGCGGGCUUCAAGGGAGUUCGCGGACCAUCUGGAGACAUCGGAGAGACAGGACACCUGGGAGGAGUUGGUGCUAAAGGCGACAAAGGACACGAAGGGAUUCCCGGAUUUCAAGGAGUUAAGGGAGAAAAAGGGACCACUGGUGUAGCGGGGCGUGCCGGUUCCAGAGGAAAGCAGGGUAUUGUGGGAGAUCCUGGAGAGAGGGGAUCUAAUGGAGAGAAGGGGAUGCCUGGGAUCCAUGGACCUGCGGGCAGAGAUGGCACCAUUGGACCGAAGGGCAUUGUUGGAGAUCCGGGCCUACCUGGCAGAGAUGGUGAUCUAGGAAUAGAGGCUUAUCAAGGACCACAAGGUGUCAGUGGAAAACUCGGACGAAUUGGAGUAAAGGGAGAGAAAGGCCUCUUUGGGCCAGCAGGAGAAAUGGGUCCCCAAGGCCGAACUGGCCCAAGAGGUUACAAGGGUUCUGCUGGGAAGCCAGGAAGACCUGGAUUUAUCGGCCCACCGGGACCUACUGGACACGUGGGUGUGCCUGGAAAACCAGGGUCCAAGGGUGACACAGGAAUACAGGGAAUCCAAGGAGUUAAAGGUGGCCAGGGGGAAAAAGGAGUUAAGGGCCCAAAAGGAAAGGUUGGAGACCGGGCUGAGCAGGGUCCUCAGGGAGGACGGGGGCAGCGCGGCCCGGCGGGCCCACCUGGACAAUCAGGUCCUGUCGGAGUCAAGGGGGUUCGAGGUGAAGGAGGACUAGAUGGCUUUCAAGGGCCCGCGGGUCCACCAGGCCCGACCCUCCCUGCUCAACACGUGAUCGAGGUUUGUAAGAAAGUGAUCCUGGAGCAGAUGUCCACCUUUGCCAACUCAGUGAAGAGGACUUGUGCUGCAGUUUGUCCUCUGUAUGGAGACGUGCCCAUGGGUGCCCCCGGUCCCAUCGGACAGAAAGGACCCCCCGGACCUCUUGGUGACCCUGGUAAUAAUGGUGUUGAUGGAGAAGUGGGCCUGCCGGGAUUCUACGGAGAAGCCGGGGACCUGGGCCGAAAAGGAGAAACAGGUGACAGAGGAGAGAAAGGUGAUAAAGGACCCAAGGGUUAUGGCCUACCUGGCUACUUUGGAGACCAGGGAUCAAAGGGUCAGCGUGGACGUCCUGGCAGAGCCUUUAACGGCCAGCCAGGGAAGCAGGGUGAGAGGGGACACGUGGGCCGGCCUGGACUCAGGGGCCACGCAGGUCUCAGAGGAUCUCCAGGUGUUUGUCUCACCUCUGGGUGUACUCAGCUGAACACCAUCAGCGGGACCCCUCAGCCAGCACCGCGGAGGUUGAGGAAUCGCCCAUAG